AUGUAUACAUAUAUGGAAUACUUACAGAAAUGUUUUUAUAAAUCAACUAAUUGGAAUGAAGACAAUAUAUAUUCUAAUAUUACUGCCACAUCUCAAGCUUUAUUAGAUUUCCCCAUACCCAAUGGAUUUAAAAUUGAUUCUUCUUCGAAAACUACAGAUUAUCUGGCUUCAUCAUUCACAUUAUCUAAUCAUCAUCAAAUAAAUGGAUCAUUAGCAUAUUUAUAUUCAUCCAUUCCAUUAACUAAUACCAUGGGGACUAAAGAUGUUUCAUUACAAGAUGCAAUUGCUGGAUUUCGAAUAAUUGAACCUCUGGUUGGGUUAAGAUCUAAAUUGAAAAACAAUAUUAUGUCAAAUCGAAGUUCUUUAUUAUAUGGUAGAAUGUAUUUCCCUGGUUCAGCUCUUGAAGCAAUGAUAAUCAAACGUCUUACGAAAAACAGUCAAUUGUUAAUUAAAUGUGUUAAUAAUCCACAUCUAGAAAAGAAUGGAACCAUGAUUGUAUAUUUACAAAACAAUACAGCAAAAUAUCUGAGAGAAUUAAUUUAUUCUACUAAUGAAGCAUUAAUUGGAUUACGAUGUUUAUAUAAUCUUGGUGAUGCCACAUCACAUAAUUUUACCAAUAUCAACCCUGCUGUGAUUCCCAAAUUUGAUAAUUCUGUGGUAUCGAUAGGAACAGAAAUAUGGUAUGCCGCAAGAACAAUGAGUCCUGGAUUAUCAGCAGCAUUAAGAUAUUCAACUCGAUCAACAUCAACGGGGAAACCUCUUACUAUGACAUUAGCUAUAAAUCCAAUUGUUGGUCAUGUUUCAUCAACUUAUACCGUUAAAACUUCAGUGGCAUCUACUUUUUGUUCGAAAUAUGAUUUCAAUGUAUUUUCUUAUGCCAGUAAUUUAUCAUUAGGAUUUGAAUUAUACAGUUAUGCCAAUAAAAAGAAAAAUUCAUUUCCUAGUUUUGAACAUCAUGAAAUCCAUUCUUCUAGUGAAGAAAAUAAAUAUCUUAAAAAACAUCCAGAAUUACAAAGACAUCAUAAUCUUCAUCAUAAUCUUCAUCAUCAGCGUGUUCCAAUAAAAUCUCAUAAAUAUGAAGGUAAUAGAACCAUAAUAAAUCCAAUACAAAACUUGGAUAAUGUAUAUCAUAUCAACCCUACAUUGUUAUCAUCUAAUGGUAGCACUUCUACUACCACCAAUAAUGAAAACACCAACACCAGCGAGACAGUGACAGCCGCAUUUCAAAAUUUGGUUAAUGAAAGUGAUUUCUCAAGUGUUUUUAAAUUUUCAACUAGUCUAAAUGAUAAAGUAGUAAAGAUUUUAUGGGAAGGUAGAUUAAAAGAAUUUUUAGUUAGUACAGGAGUUAAAUUAUCUUUAAAUCCAAUUACAAAUACUCCUGAAUUCAACAAAUUAGGUAUAUCUUUUUCAUAUGCUCUUUAA